UGGAGGGCAAUAAGGGGUUCAGAGACACAAGACUGUAAGGGAUAACAUUCCUUAAUCGUCAACUUUUUUUGCGUUUCAAGUCUCGUAUAUACUUCUGACCCAUUUUAAUGACAUAAUAUUUAGAAGUUAGAUUCAACUAUCCGUCUGCAUGACUAAUUGCAGACAGAAAAAGGACUAAAACUUAGUUCAGUGAAGCGACAUUGCUACAGAUGUGUCGUACUAACCCACAAGCUGAAGCUGCGCGAUAAAAUUAACUAAUCUUGUUAUUUUAAACUGAUAAAAAAAAAAAAUAUGAAUGUGCAUUAUAUGUACAUGCUGUCUGGGGAGGAAUAUAUUCGGUUAUUUUUCAAGUAGUAUCAGAUAGUUUAGUUUAGUCAUGUCAGCAUCCCCUGUGAAAUCAACCCGGGUCAGGCGCAGCAAUGACGGGUCCCCCAACAACACCUCCUCCUCCUCAGCGGCAUCAUCAUCCUCCGCCGGUAACGGCAUUGGUAACACGGGCCGGUUGCAGCCCAUUCGCUCAAUGGUGCCCUACCAGCUCCUGCGUGGAAAUCAGCUGCACAGCCCGACCCGCCCUCCCGCUCCGUCAUCCUCUUCCUACUCCUCCAUCUCAGUCGGGAGCAACACAGAACCGACAGCAGUAUCACCAGCCCAGCACAGCGGCUCCUCCAGUCCCGGUAGCCCGACGCUCGUCAGCCCGGCAGGAAGCGGCUCGCUGGACGGUUGGCUGAUCCCGCGGCAGAGGCGCUCUCCGCCGGUGCACAGGAGCUCACCCGAGCGCUGUCCUCAUUCACCUGCCCUCAGAGUUGAGAAGUCAAAGUCGCAACAGGUGCGGAGCACAAGUGCUAUCCGACGGACUUCCUCUCUGGGUGCUAUCACCGGGCCCUACUUGAUAGGGCAGUGGCCACGUGAAUCCCACCUGCACAACAUCUUGUGCAUGAAAGACAAGUCCACACAGACUCCUGGAUGUUGGAGUGACGAAACCGAAGAGAAUAGGAACACACACCAGGGCUCGCCGUCCUGGGGCAGCACUGACCAGCUUAGAGAGAUCGCUAAGCUCAGGUUGCAGCUGCAGCGCAGUAAGCAGGGCGCAGGCCGACAGUGUAAGGACAGUAAAGAUUGUCUGUCACCCCUCCAGUGCUGUACCAGCAGCACCAUCACCAUCAUUACUGCCACUAGCAUCAGCACAGCCAGCCAAGCUCCGUCCAUGUCGAAGUCAGCACAGAUGCCACUGUCUAACAUCACAGUGCCAAAGCCUUCCAUCUCCAGAGUGCCCAGCAGCAUGGAGGGCAUCAACCACGAGCUGGAGAAAGUCUUCAUCAAAGACAAUGGAGAAAAAGAGGAGCUGAAGGCGCUGGAGGUUCCUGAUGGACGCAGGGCUCCGUUUCGUCCCCAGCAGCGCAGCGGCAGUAGUCGUGGAAUUGACACUCAGACGCCCUCAGUGCUUGGACGCUCCAGUAGCUGCUCCAGUCUGUCACCCUGUCCCUCACCCGCAUGCCCACCCCGCUCACACGAUGGCAGCCCUUACUCCAAUGACGAGAUGCUUGAUGACAGAGACAAAGAUAGCGGCAGCAGUUCUCCUCUGCCCAAGUUCGCCUCAUCUCCAAAGCCCAACAACAGCUACAUGUUUAAACGAGAGCCUCCAGAGGGCUGUGAGAAGAUUAAAGUGUUUGAGGAAAUGACGUCCAGACAGUCUGCUACCGUCCCCCUGUUCUCCUGCCCUGAUAAAAACAAAGUGAACUUCAUCUCCACUGGCUCAGCGUUCUGUCCGGUCAGGCUCCCUGGCUCCCUGCUCCAGCACUCCAGCUCACAGCAGGAGGACGAGGCGUCCCAGGACCCCCAGGCCGGUGCCAGCUCAUCAUGCCCCCUUGCCCCUCACUAUCACAUGCCCACUCAGGUCUCCACCAGCACCAGCACAGAUGACCCCCCGGAAUCACUUGCCAUUUCUCCCUCCCAACAGCAGGAGGCGGCGUCAGAAUCGCCCUCGCAGCCGCAGAACUUUGAAGUCAGCUAAACUUGCACAGAGCUGGUCUCUGUCGCAACCCCGCCUGUCCCAGGCUGUGUAGAGGACCGUUACGCACCCAAAUUUCCUUCUAUUUCUCUGAUGGACCCCACCUUUGUGCUGAAUCUUUACUGUCUGCAUGGCAUAACAGCUGUGGCCCAAAUAAAUAUCACCAAUGUGUUCAGAGCAAGAGUUUUGAAGUGCUGGUAAUUGCAGCCGAACGGUAGAAUAUGUGGCAAUGCCACUCUUUUAUGUUUUGACAGGAACAACGUCUGGAAAGCUGAAUGGAACUGUGCAUUAUGGGAAAAGGCUCCAUGGACCUUAGAAUAUGCAAAUCUAAAGUUAAAAUGGCUUCACUGUUAUCUUAAAUAAUAUAAAGAUAUGAGUGAGCUAUACUGCCCUACAAAGACAAAAUGCAGUAACUACGCUAUUGCUAUUGAUGAAACUGGAGAAAAUGGCUCCACAGAAGGUAUUGUGGUUUUGUAGUUUCUGCAAUUUGAACACAUUUGCUCUGAAUCUGAGCAUAGUUGAGUCAACCCCGUCUCAGUACAGAUCAUAGUCUUGAGACCUGAUUUCAGUCGCAACUCAUUUUUGACUAAAUGUGUACUUAUUAAGUUUUGCCUUUGUAUGGCAGGAUAAGAGUCCAAUCACCGAAAUGUUAUUUAUUACAUAUUCCUUUUAAUAAGUUAAUUUACAUUCCAGAUAUUUCCAUUGUGCUUUUUUUUUGUGUCAUGUAUACAGAUGUGGAUGCGUUUGCCUUUACAUUAUUCAUUUGAUCCUUGAUUCAACCCGAGCAACUGAACAGCUGUUUUUCAACGCAGCUUUGUUUUCCUGUGUGCUUAAAAUUUAAGCAAAAUGGCUUUUGUAUGAGCAUUAUAAUCACACAGCGCAUAGUUUAAUACACCAUUGAUUUAUAAGGGAAAAAAAGAUUAAAGCUUUAAUGAAGGUCUUGACAGCAUCAGGGGCAUGCAUUUGAAACUGAUGGUAUGUUUAUCAUUUAAAUUAUGUGUUGUGUUCUCUUUCAACAUUCACAGUAUUAAUAAGCUCUCUCUAUCAAUAUAUCUAUAUACAAAAAAAAAAUCUAUAUAUAAAAAAAGCUUGUUUGAAGUUAAAACCAUGCAUUGCUGUGUUAUGUACAUUAUGAAAAAUUAGCUAUACUCCACAGGUUUACGUUUACACUAUCCAGGUUUCCUACCUUCUCAGUAUAUUGCAGAAAUAUAGAAAAAUGGAAAUGACAAAAGUUUUUUUUUUUUUCAAUUUGUUGCACAGUGUCAGCCUAUGGCCUCGCUUCAGGUGUAUGACUUGGUGUUUAAACUCAGGUAAUUUGAAAUGUACGUCCCCAAUCUGAUCUGUUUCAGCAUCUUUCACUGUUCCUAUCCAAUCAUUUCCUGCAUUCCAUGACACUCCUCAUUGGGACGUGCUAUCUGGAUAAUAUCUGACGAUUGACUGUGUGAAAAACUGAUGUAGCUGAGAGGCUAAAGGUUUUAAUCAAACGCAUUGUGUGUGCUGCAAACAUUAGAAAGGCCAUGUGACCCCCCCCCCCAUACAUGUGCUCAGAGGCAAAUAUAAUAUUACUAUCUAAUCUUUAAAACACUAUAGUUCAAAACUAUAUUUGGAAAGACAAUACAUGCCAUAUUAAAGUGUUUGAUUGCGGGAUAAACAGCUGUUAACUGUUCUUAAAUCAAAACAAAGUUAUUAAAAAUCAAAUUUGCAUAAAAAAAUGAAACGUAUUUUAUUGAUCUGUAAUUGUUUUUCAUCAUGACAUCAUUUUCAUAAUAGGUAAGCUAAGAUUCUCUCCUCAUUUACUCAUCUUUAUGCCAUCACCAUGCAAGUUAAUGGUGACCAGACCUUUUAAGCACCUAAAAGCACAUAAAGACAGCAUAAAAUAACCCAUAUGACUCCAGUUGUUUAAUCCAUGUCUUCAGAAGUGAUUUGAUAGGUGGGGGUGGGACACAUACCAAUGUUUAAGUCCUUUUUUACUAUAGGCUCAAUCUCCACUUUCACUUUACUUCCACAUUCUUCUUUUGUUUUUUGCUGAUUCACUUUUUUCAUGCAUAUCGCGACCUACUAGUCAAAGGUGCAGAGUUAUAGCAAAAAGGACUUGAAUAGGAAUCCUUUUCUCACCAACACAUCAUAUUGCUUCUGAAGACAUGGAUUAAACCACUGGAGUCUUAUGGCUGCCCUUAUGUGUUUUUUGGAGCUUCAAAGUUUUAUUGACCAUUCACUUCAAUGGACCUACAUUGUAUGGACCUACAGAGCUGAAAUAUUCUUCUAAAACUCUGUGUUCUGCUGAAGAAAGAAAGCCAUACACAUCUGGGAUAGCAGGGUCAGUGAAUGAUGACAUCAUUUUCUGAAUUUUGAGGAGAACUAACCCUUUAAAUCAUUCAAAACACAUUAUACAAAAAUAACUACUUUCUCAUACCCCAGCUUAAUAUGCAGAGACAACUAGAAGUACGCCAAUUGUACGUUUAUCUUCUCGAAAACUGAAAAUGCUGUGUGUCUGUGGUGCUAUUCAAAUUCCUCUUUAUUUUCAGCAGCCCAUCAAGCCUGACACAACAACACUGACUCAACCUUUUAAAGCCUUUUUUUAAAUACUUGUUUUUUUAUUAUUACAUCAACAUCUAAUCAACACAAAUUACAUUUCUAUAAACCUUGUAUCACCUCGGACUUAUUUGUCAAUGACUCAUAAACAAUUUACAGCUGAAAUAAUAAUAAUGAAAAAAACAUUCUCACUACAGUAAUGGUAAUUGGGGGUUAUAAAAGCAUCUUAAUGUAAGAUAGGCUUCAUUUUCUUUAUGUGGAGAUGAAUUUGUAAAUUAGUUGAAUAUGUUAAGCUGACUGUCUGUUCACACUCAUCAAUGGCAAUAAAUUAUUUUGCUGUCUUG